AUGAGCCCCUUGUUAUCAACAGCACGUCAGCUAGUAUGUAUGAUAUAUCUAACCCCACCUCCCCCCCUCCUCUCUUCCGGAGGAGCAUCCUCAUCCUCUGACACAACACUGAGACUAGUCUGGCAGCUGGGAUACCACCUGACGCGAUGUAGAGGAAUUCCUCUUGGAAAGGAUAAUAUGGUUCUAUUCGUUUGUGCCACAAGAAGUGGAACGUUCAAGGGUGCAGAUGAGUUUAGAUGUGUGUAUGUCAAAGGAAUGCCUGUGGAGAAAGAUAUGUGGUUGGGCUCUCUCAUGGGCAGGAACUUAAGCCAGAAAGAAGCUCCACAGUAUCCAGCUUCCCAUCUUGAUUUCACCCCCAGAAGUGAAAUGGAGAGUGCCUUGAAGAGUGAAGUGAGGCGUGAAUGUCCCCCCAGAAGUGAAAUGGAGAUUGCCUUGAAGAGUGAACUUAAGUGA